GAAAGAAAAGAGAUGGAAGCUGUAAAAUCCGGGGAUAAGAAGAGGGUCCUUCCCGCAUGGAUGACAACCCAGGAGACCCCCAAGCCAAAGAGGGCAGUGCAGGGAGCUGCUGCAGCAAGACUGUCUGCAGUGAGGACUGCGUACUGCAUGAGUGAGGCCGAGAUGGUAGACGUUGCUCUGGGGAUCCUGAUUGAGGCCCGGAAACAGGAAGAGCCCUGGGAGUCAGCGACUCCGGCUGGUGCCGAUAAGCCAGAGCUGUUCCCAGCCCACUUAGCAUGGGCCCCGAGUUCCCCUGGGAGUAGAAGUGAGGAUGAAGACAAUGGGAAGGAGGCCCCUACUCAGGGCCUCAGCCCCCAGCAGGGACCCGUGGGGCCUGACUCUGCGUGCCGCUCGAGCCCUGACCAGGACGAGGACGAGGACAUGCUGAAGUACGUCAGGGAAAUAUUUUUCAGCUAAAGGACACACUUCCCAAGACUUUCUGCUGGGGUCUGAGGGAAGCCGGCUCCUUGGCCCUGCCUGCCGGGGCCUCCCUCCCCUGACCUUCUUGGAAGGUUGGCCCCAGAUGCCCUGAGCCCUGGGCGCUGUCCUGUUGGGAUGCGCUUCCCCUGGACUCUCUGUACUGCGCCUCCUCCACCUGGAGGGUCAGCCCCAGGGAAAAGGCGGACAUGGGGUCAAACCCACUGGAACCAAGGGGUUAAUUUACUAAUUUUGAAAGGAGGGAGAGUAUGGUGGUGAAGUUCACUGGAAUUCCUACCACUUAAGGAGGAGGCCUAUUUUAGACCUAGUUUCCAUGACUCGAGCGGCCCUGGAGGCAGCUGCCCACCCGGCGCCACUAUGCUCUGCUCUGCCUGGGGCCCUGAGUGGAAGGCCUCCGGCCCGUGCCCCCACUUCCUUCCCUGGCUGGCUCCGCCUUGGUCCCUGGGCAGUCGUGAAGCCCGAGUGGGGCUGCAGCCCACGGGAAACUCUUAAGGACGAGACACCCAGAGUCCAUAUUUCUGUCUUUAUUCAGUGUGGCUUUUGACAGGCGUGGGACGAGGCAGUCCUUUGCUGUGCGGGGUCAUCAAUGCGCUGCGUGGAGAAAUACAAACAGUUCCCCAAGGCCAA